GGCAGGCCCCGCCCCCAGAUGCCCAGGACUCCCCGGUACCACUGCUGUUUGCUUGCGCCCCGGAAGCUGCCCCUUCUCGGGGGUCAUGAUGGGCAGCAAAAUGGCGUCUGCCAGCAGGGUCGUUCAGGUAGUCAAGCCACAUACUCCAUUAAUAAGAUUUCCUGACAGAAGAGACAAUCCUAAACUCAGUGUAACAGAAACUUUGAGAUCAGCGGGGCUGCCAUCUCACUCACCUGUAAUUUCACAACAUUCUAAGGGGACUAAAUCACCAGAUUUGCUGAUGCAUCACGGUCCACCAGACACUGCAGAAAUAAUAAAAACAUUACCUCAGAAAUACAGAAGGAAACCUGUAUCUCAAGAAGAAAUGGAAUUUAUCCAACGUGGAGGUCCAGAAUAAUCAUUGUGGCUGCUGUUUGUCAUCAGACAAAAGAAUUAUCUUUACAGUAAAGGACUUCCAAGACAAAUGAAAAACUAUAUUAAUCUUAAUAAAUAUUCUGCAAAAAAAUGAAGUACAGAAAAUUUAAAUGAAUACUUUUAAUUCCUAAUUUAUAUAUCUUGGUAGGCUUCUCUACAAGCUUACCUAAUUGUUUAUAUACAUUAUACUUAUUAAAGUAUACAUUUUGAAAUGUUAGCCUAUUAAUUUACUCUUGAUUAUCAAGUAUUACCAGUAAUGAACUAUUAAAAACACACAGUGUCUAGUAAACUAC